AUGUCUACCGAGCAUUUCUUGUGGGCCCUCCAGCGUUUCAUCGGGCGACGUGGACUUUGUCACGACAUUUAUAGUGACUGUGGCACCAACUUCAUUGGUGCAGAUGGCAUUCUAAAAACUAAUUGCCAAAAAUUUCGAGCCGCGGAACGCGAAGUCAUCCCACGACUGACUGACCUACAUAUUCAAUGGCAUUUUAAUCCACCUCAAUCUCCCAACUUUGGAGGACUUUGGGAAGCCAAUGUAAAGUCAAUUAAAUACCAUUUGAAGCGAGCUGUCGGUGGAACCCGGUUGACAUACGAACAGCUAUCUACAGUCUUGGUUCGUAUUGAGGCGUGCCUUAACUCUAGGCCGUUAUGUACAGAUGAUCUUUUGGUGCUCGCACCCGGGCACUUUCUAAUCGGCGAUGCUUUACUGUCACCACCGGAAUCGUCUCCUGAAAACAAAUCGCUGUCGUUACAAUAUUUUGAGCUGCAAAGAUUGGUUCAACAAUUUUGGAUAAGAUGGUCCACAGAUUGGCUCUCGCAUCUUCAAUCGCGUCCUAAGUGGAGACAACAAGAACCAAAUCUAGCAGUCGGUGAACUUUUCUUGAUAAAGGAUGAUCGAUUGCCACCCAAUCAAUGGUUAUUGGGGCGUAUUACGGAUCUACAUCCCGGAUCAGACAGCAUUGUUCGUGUCGUCACUGUUC